AUGCCCAAUCGCCGGCGGAAGCGCGAGCCCGACGACGGAGGGGGCGCCGCGGCCGCUUCCGGUGCUGCUGGUGAGAGCAAGAGGGAUCUUGAUUUGCGCAUCACCAACAUCCUGGCCGAGUACCGCGCGCCCCGCCCCGCCCGCCGCGCGUUCCCCCUCCUCGAGCUCAACGGCCGGCUUCUUGCGGAGGAGGACGAGGAGGGGGAGGCCGAGGUCGUCUCCCCGCUCACCGCCCCGGCCCCGGCCCUGCCGGUCGUGGUCGUCGACGGGCGGCCGUCCAAGCGCCGGGUCGUCGCUGGCGGAGGAGGAGGAGGAGGAGGGGACGAGGCCUCGCCGUACCAGCGCCGGCUGUGGGUCAAGGACCGGUCCAGCGAGUGGUGGGAGCUGCGGAGCAGCCCGGGGUACCCGGAGGCGGAGUUCUUGCGGGAGUUCCGGAUGGGCCGCGCCACGUUCGGCAUGGUCUGCGACGCGCUCGGCGCCGCCGUCGCCAAGGAGGACACGGCGCUCCGCGCCGCCAUCCCGGUGCGGCAGCGCGUGGCCGUCUGCGUCUGGCGGCUCGCCACGGGCGAGCCGCUCCGGCUCGUCUCCAAGCGGUUCGGCAUCGGCAUCUCCACCUGCCACAAGCUGGUCCUGGAGGUGUGCGCCGCCAUCCGCUCCAUCCUCAUGCCGCGCUUCCUCCGGUGGCCCGACCGCGGCUCCGCCGCGGCCGCCGCCGUCAAGGCCAGCUUCGAGGCCAGCUCCGGGGUGCCGGACGUGGUGGGCGCCAUGUACACCACCCACAUCCCCAUCAUCGCGCCCAAGGUGCACGUCGCCUCCUACUUCAACCGCCGGCACACGGAGCGCAACCAGAAGACGUCCUACUCCAUCACGCUGCAGGGGGUGGUCGGCCCGGACGGCUCCUUCACCGACGUCUGCAUCGGCUGGCCGGGGUCCCUGGCCGACGACCAGGUGCUCGACAAGUCGGCGCUGCAGCAGCGCGCCGCGGCCGGGAUGAUGGAGGGGUCCUGGGUGGUCGGCGGCGCCAGCUACCCGCUCACCGACUGGUGCCUCGUCCCCUACACCCACCAGAACCUCACCUGGACGCAGCACGCCUUCAACGAGAAGGUGGCCGACCUCCGGGGGGUGGCCGUGGACGCCUUCUCGCGCCUCAAGAGCCGGUGGGCGUGCCUGCAGAAGCGCACCGAGGUGAAGCUCCAGGACCUGCCCGUGGUGCUCGGCGCCUGCUGCGUGCUGCACAACAUCUGCGAGGCCAGAGGGGAGGCCAUGCCGCCGGAGCUCCGGGUGGAGGUGGAGGACGACCUCACCGUGCUGGACAACCCCGUGCGCUCCGACGCCGCCGCCAAGGCCAGGGACAAGAUCGCGCACAACCUCCUCCACCGCGGCCUCGCCGGCACAGCCUUCUUCUAA